AUGAGUACUUAUUCUAUUGGAGAGAAUGCUCCAACAAGUCACCGACGAAGAGAUCUGGAUUUGGAUCUGAAUAGGGCUCCACUUGAGGUGAAUAUGGAGCAGGAGGGACCUCAAGUAGAAAAUCGUCAAGUUGUUCAACAGUCACAGUUUUUUCAACCUAUUGAUGUGGAUGCUAUUAUUGAUGAUGACGUUAUUGAAUCUACGCAAAGUGAUUUUCUUGAGGCCAAAAAUAAUUCAAGAAGAAAUCGUGGGAGGACUAUAGUCGAUGUGGAUUUAGACAAUGUAAGUCGGGUAGCUGAAAUUACUCCCAACAAUCACAGAGAAUCUUUUUGGAACCAAACAUUUCCUAAUUGUGACCCAUAUAUUAAAUUGGAUGGCAUUGUUAGUUCUGAGCUGGGGAAAGAGAUCAGAAAUUCACCUGAACCAACAAAGAUGCCUGUCUUUAACUGUCCAAUAUGUAUGGAACCAUUUGUUGAAGAAGUGUCAACAAGGUGUGGUCACAUAUUUUGCAAGAGAUGCAUCAAGGCUGCUUUAAAAGCAAAACGUGAAUGCCCUACUUGUAGGGUCAAGGUUACUUCGAAAGGGCUUAUAAGGGUGUUUCUACCAUCACCUGGUUCUCCAUAA